ACACAUUUAACAAAUGUUUGUACCUAUACACGCUCGUUUGUCUGUGGUAAUGACACUAAACAAAUAAUAAUACAAUAAUAAAUUGUCGGCAGAAAAAAGUAAUCAAGUGUAUCUGAAUGUAUGAGUUUUGUAUUGUGUUGAAUAGUAAGCGGGGAUUGCUCAUGACAUGAAUCACCAUGUGGACGUAUAUGAUGGCAGCUGCCCGAGGAGAUCGGGCCAACUCUAUGAUGUCAAGGCGUCGUAAUGAAGUUGAAUCACCCAAAUAUGGUUAUAAUCUCAACCGUCCUAUGUACCGUUCCAUACGUCACAAUAAUGGACCAUCAUCACAGCAAAGUUGUAAAGCUUCGACAUUGGGUAGCUCAUAUCCUUAUACCACCUCAACGAGUCAUCAUUAUGGCAGUGCCAUUGGCACGAACCCAUCAUCAACUUCUAGUUAUACACAGCAGCAACAACAACAUCAUCGUCAACAGCAUCAUAUUAUUGGUAUUGAUGAUGUCUACACAAAUCCCGUUACAAGUGAAAGUUAUGAAAUGGAAGAUGGCACCAGCCUCUUCUCGCCCCUCCCAACAACCACUACCACAACAAUGACAGCUGAUACGGCUGUACUUAUAGCCAGAAAACACAUGAUAUCCAGUCAACAGAAACAUGGCUCACAUGCGAAGGGAAGUGGAGGAGGAGGUUGUAGCAGUAGUGCUGGUGAUUUUGUCACUGGAGCCGAUGGUGAAGAACAAAGUUGUUUUGUUGGCAGUCAGGCGGCUGUUGUUCGAUUGCCAUCACGUAGAACAACAGUAACCUCAUCAUCUUCGGCCUAUUAUCAUGAAAGUGAUGAAGAUGAUAGCGAUGCUGAUGGUGAUUCGAAUGGUGACAAUUAUGGACAAAUUGUCAAAUGUUCUGAUAGAGUAACAAAGCCUGCAACAUUAGCAAUUGAUCAGGAGAGACGUAGAAGACAGCAGCAGCAACAACACAGACACCAGCAUCGACAGCAUCAAGAGGACAUUAAUGAAGAUUUCAAUGUCGAUGAUAGUAGUGAUGACGAGGAUGAAGACGAUGAUGCGGAUGGGAUAAAUGAGCAAAAGCGGGCCAAUUAUAAUGAAAAUAUUAUGGAAAAUGGCAAAAAGUUAUCACAGGAUCCAAGUAAACGUACAAAACCAUCCACACUGCGUCGCACUUUAAAUGCCCUGCGUCAACGUUUAACGAAACGUAAUCGCUCGAAACCGCCCGAUUGGUUUCUGGAACGUUUCUCCAAUGCCACCAACACCGACAAAAUUGGUAAGACACCGCCUGCAGCCAACAAUAAUGAUGGCAGCCUAACAAAUCCUGCCGAUUCGGGUCCGGCAUGUGAGAUAAGGGGUUCUAGUCGUCUGUGUAAUCGUUUGUCGGUUAAUCCUACGCUACAGUCACAUUAUCGGUGGCUGGCAAUUGUUUCCUUAGCUGUGUUAUACAAUAUCAUUUUUGUGGUGGGUCGUUCCGUGUUCUGGGAAAUAAACCUGCGAGCCACCCCUGUCUGGUAUUUCUUAGACUAUUUAUGUGAUUUUAUAUAUGUCCUAGAUACAUUGGUUCAUAUGCAUGAAGGUUAUUUGGAUCAAGGCCUGCUUGUACGUGAUGCCUAUAAAUUAAGACGCCAUUAUUUUACCAACAAAGGCUGGUACCUCGACGUGCUUUCCAUGUUGCCCACUGAUCUAUCCUACAUCUGGUGGUCACCCAGUUCGUGUGGUGCACACUUUUUGCCUUGUGCUGUCAUCGUGCGUCUCAAUCGUCUACUGCGACUGCCACGCAUGUGGGAGUGGUUCGAUCGUACGGAAACAGCCACCGGUUAUCCAAAUGCCUUCCGUAUAUGUAAAGUGGUAUUGGCCAUUUUGGUGUUGAUACAUUGGAAUGCCUGUAUGUAUUUUGCGAUAAGUUAUGCGCUGGGUUUCGGUACCGAUAACUGGGUGUACCAUUUGAGCGGUGAACGUAAUGGUACUUUACAACGACAAUACAUCUAUAGUUUUUAUUGGUCCACACUAACGCUGACAACGAUUGGAGAGACACCGACGCCCGAGAAUGAUCCGGAAUAUUUGUUUGUGGUGGCGGAUUUUUUGGCUGGUGUUUUGAUAUUUGCUACAAUUGUUGGUAACAUUGGCUCCAUGAUCUCCAACAUGAAUGUGGCGCGUGUUGAAUUUCAAAAUCGCAUGGAUGGUGUCAAACAGUACAUGGCCUUCCGCAAAGUGGGUCAUGAACUUGAGGCACGUGUCAUUCGAUGGUUUGCCUACACCUGGUCACAAAGUGGCGCCUUAGAUGAAGAACGUGUCCUGGCCGCACUGCCCGAUAAACUGAAAGCGGAAAUUGCCAUACAAGUACAUAUGGACACACUGAAGCAGGUGCGCAUAUUUCACGACUGUGAACCGGGUCUCUUAGAGGCUUUGGUAUUGAAAUUAAAACUACAAGUCUUCAGCCCUGGCGAUUACAUCUGUCGCAAGGGAGAUGUGGGCAAAGAAAUGUACAUAGUGAAGAGGGGAAAACUGUCGGUGGUGGCCGAUGAUGGUGUCACUGUGUUUGCCACCUUGGGUGCCGGCUCUGUGUUUGGUGAGGUGUCAGUGCUGGAGAUUGCUGGCAAUCGUACUGGCAAUCGACGUACGGCAAAUGUACGUUCGUUGGGCUAUUCGGAUUUGUUUUGUUUGGCGAAACGUGAUCUGUGGGAAACAUUAGCUGACUAUCCGGAAGCACGUGCCACUCUUACCGAAAGAGGUUGUCAAUUGUUACGCAAAGAUGGUUUAUUAGAUGAACAAGUUUUUGCCGAUUCACAACGCGUUCACGACAGCAUAGAGAGUGGCAUUGAAAAAUUAGAAGUUUCUGUGGAAAAUCUUAACAUGAGACUGGCACGUCUAUUGGCUGAAUAUACAGCAAGUCAAGCAAAAAUGAAACAACGUCUUGCUAAACUUGAACUAAACUACCAAUUAACACAUAACAACUCCCUGACCGAACAGCAUGCGAGGCCACCACGCAGUGGCAGAUUAUAUUCGCUGCAACCCAAAAAACGUCCAAGGCCAAGACCAGUGACCGCUUCAAAAUCAAUCGAUAACAAUAAACAGAACACUUUGUAAGAUGUA